AUGGUUGGAUAUCCUAAAGGCAUGGAUAUUAUGGAAGUUCUAAGAAGACAAAUCCCAGUGAAGAUGACCAUUACUGUAGGGACUCGCCAUGUCCAGGAAUUUAUUAGUGGUCAGUCGGUAGUGUUUGUGGCUAUUGCCUUUAUCACCAUGAUGAUCAUAUCCUUGGCCUGGCUCAUUUUCUACUAUAUACAACGGUUUUUGUAUACAGGAGCUCAGUAUGGAAAUCAGAGCAACCGUAAAGAAACCAAAAAAGCAAUCAGCCAGCUUCAGCUACACAGGGUGAAAAAAGGAGAAAAGGGAGUCGAUUUUGAGGCAGAGAAUUGUGCAGUAUGUAUAGAGAACUACAAACCCAAAGACGUUGUGCGCAUUCUUCCAUGCAAGCAUAUUUUCCACCGGUUGUGUAUAGACCCAUGGCUACUUGAGCACAGAACAUGUCCAAUGUGUAAAUUGGAUGUUAUUAAAGCGCUUGGAUAUUGGGUGGAGCCUGAAGAACCUCUGGAAAUCCCUGUGCCUGAAUCCAUUGCUGGCAGCAGCCUCUCAGUGGGGACUUUAAGUUUUGCCCAAGAGGAGAACCGAAGUGAAAUAAACAACCUGCCUACUUCUUCAACAGGUGACACUCUACAACAGUGUAGUAUUGCCAAGGAGGAUGCAGGGGAGACUACGGCAUUGCUUGGUGAGUGCUUUGCUCCUGACGAGUUGUUUUUUUUUUUUUUUUUUUUCUUCUUUUCGUAUCUUAGAUUUUUAGAGGUGUUUUCACUUCUAUUUGGCAGCAUAGGUGACUGA